AUGGUUCCUAUAUAUUUCCUCUUUGCGCUGGUUUAUCAACUGUUUGUUUGUAAAUAUGUUUCAGCAGCAUGUGGCAGACCACCCGAACUCAAAAAUGGACAUGUUAUGAAUGGGAAGAAAGUCUAUGAACCUGGUGAAGAAGCAGUAUACACCUGUAACACUGGAUAUGCAGGAUUUGGUCACAACAAGCUUGUUUGUCCACAGACUGGCAUGUGGGGCAGGCCCAAAUUCCAAUGUGAACCAAGAUCGUGUUCAGUUCCAAAAAUGCUGGAGAAUGGAGAAUUUCAAGCAACAGAGUUCAAGUUUGGAAAAAUGAUUUACUAUCAUUGCAAUGAAGGGUUCAUUCUUAGAGGCAAACGCAACAGCACCUGCCUGGCUGAUGGGACUUGGAGUGAUCAGCAACAAUUCUGUGAACCUGUGCAAUGUUUACCUCCACCUGUACCAAUAAAUGGGAAAAUAGUAUUUUAUUCUGCACAGCAGCCCCAUAACAUUUCUGUCUUUGGUGACUUGAUCAAGUAUGAGUGCAGGAAAGGCCUGGCUUUGUUUGGAAAUGAGACAGGCUUCUGCCUAGCUGAUGGAAGCUGGACAAAAACACCGCAAUGUAAAGAAGUGAAAUGCCCACCUCCACCAAAAAUAGUGAAUGGAUUUUUGGUAUUUAACUUCAAAACCAAAUAUAAUCUUGGAGAGUCUGUUGAUUAUGGCUGCCUUGAAAACUACAUCAUUGAAGGUGCACGGGAAAUAACAUGCCAGAAGACAGCAGAAUGGACUGCAGUACCCAGCUGUCGAGCUCCUUGCACCAUGCCUUUUAAAAGAGGUCGUGUCUUCUACAACGGGAAAAAAAUCUGGGUGGAAGAUCUUCCAAAUAGGAGAAUACUACACAAAGAAAGAAUAGCCGUUUACUGCAAAAACAAAGAAAGGAAUUGUGGAUACCCAGUUCUGACUCUGUGUAUUGAUAGUCAUAUUCAAAUUCCUUCAUGCUUUGAAGGUAAGAGUGAUUUUCAAUAA